AUGAUAGAGGCAGCAGAGUCACAGAAGUCAGUAAUUCUCAAUACACUAGAUGACAAACUCAACACAGUUUUGUGGGCUUACAAGAAAGUUGCAAAUAAGGUGUGCCCUGUACCCAGAGUGCUUCCAGAGGAGUUCUGCAUAGUCAGACAACAGCACCCUAAUCCUCUAGCCAGAAUGCCUAUAUUACCAACAAUACCACAGCCCUUUGUGCCUACCAGCCAACUUACAGAAGAACAGAUGCAAGCAAUUAGAGAAUUGCAAUCAGGAUUCCUAUGGCUGGAAGAAUGGAAACUUGUAGAAAACCUAUUAAUGCUACAGUCAGAAGUGUUUGUGUGGACAGAAGAGGAGCAAGGAACAUUGGACCCCACAUACUUCAAUCCUAUUCGAAUUCCAACUGUAGAGCAUGUACCAUGGGUAGAGAAAAGCAUUCCAAUUGCACACAGAAUUGAGAAGAGGGUGAUUGAGUUGUUGAAGGAGAAGUUGUAUAACAGAGUGAUAGAACUGUUGAAUUCCUCCUAUCAAUUGUGA